AUGUGGUCUGGCGUGCGCGAUUUCUUCGAUUUCAGCCGAGGAUCGAUCGACGUUCUGGUGGUCCAGCAGGAGGAUGGCAGCUACGCAUCCACCCCUUUUCACAUCCGCUUCGGUCGUGGCCAGCUUCUUCGCGAAGAGGAGAAAAUAGUUCACAUCGCCGUGAAUGGAGAAGACGUAGAGGUCAAGAUGCGCCUGGGCGAAGCGGGUGAGGCCUAUUUCGAAGUUGACCCGCGCAAGAACAAAGGCGAUGCGCAGGCAGAAGAGGAAGAAGUGGAGCAAGUGGAGGAGACGAUCGAGAUGGCCGAGGAGUCAGCCGGCGUGGCCCUGCCCGUGGCAGCUGCGGUUGCCGACCUCGUGCAGGAGCCGACAACCACUGCCGCCACCGACGAGCCCCAAGAACCUCCCGCAGCCGACCAGCCCGACCAAUCCGUGUCUGCUGCGGUGGAUGCGGCGGAACAGCCUGGCACGCGCUGGACGUGGGGAUGGGGCCUGCUUCCCAGCCGGCGACAGGUCAACUCUCCAGUCGCUUCGCCGAGCAGUUCCUUCAGCGACCUCCCCAAGUUGGCGAGCUUCGGCGAGGGGGAGAGCCACCUCCACGACAGUGUAAAGAUGUCAUCUCCCAUUGUGCCGCGGCCUCGGCGCAACAGUCUGCACGAUUUGUUGUCCGAAUCGGGCGGGUACGCGUCGGACGGGGAUAAGAGCGGCCAGGACGUCGGCUGGAAGCGAAAGUGGGGCAUGGGCGCCCUCAUCGACAUGCUCAAGCCCAAGGAAGCCGAACCGGUUUACCUCAUCAAGCCGGCCGAUUCGGACUUUUUGUCGGGCUUUCCCGACGAUGACGAAGACGGCGAGGAUGAGUACUUCUACUCGGCCGUGUCGCCGCGCGAGUGCGCGUCGCCCACCAGCAUCCCGCGCAACCACUCGCUAGAGCGCCUUUAUCUGGACGAUGUCGCGAGGCAGCUCGAGAACGAAGACAUGCUCGAGAUGCAGGCGAGUGAAAUCGAGCAGGAGCUCGAGCGAGAGGAUCGAAUGGCGAAUGAUGCCGAGCACGAUGCGCGUCAAGGGGCGGAGAGCGAACGCGAAGAAGAGGGAGACGAUCAAGAAGCCGCCGAGGCAUCGACGACCCCGGAAAGCGAAGGAAAAGGCAAAGCGGAAGGGGGCGGUAGCAACGACCUCGAAGACAAGACCGCCCGAAGUGACGCAGCGACCGACCGAGAAAAUGGCGGCGAAGAGAAAGAUAUGAACGAAAGCGAAAAAGAGAAAGAGGCAGAGAAGAGCGAAAGCGAAGAGGCUCACGGUUUGACCACGACGGAGGGAGAGCGACCCGAGCCCGUCUCGGCCAAGACGAACCAAGAAAAAAAGAGCGAACGCGAAAGCUAUAACGAGGCAGGGGAAAAGGUGGAGCUUACACCACCGGUGGUCGCGCGCUCGCUCGAAGGAGAAGAGCACUGGGCCACGGAGCAGCAUGUCAAGGAGAAGGAAGAGGAAACGCAGCAGCAGGAGGAAGAGGCGCAGCAGGAGAAGAGCGUCACGACGGAUGAUGAGGAGCAACGAGCGAGCGACGAUGACCUGCCGACGCCCGCGAUGGAGUCGAAGGGCGACGAGAAGGCGCGCAAGCGUUUGUUCAGCGACGAACUGAACAACGCUUCGGAGGCUCCGAAUGAGAACGGGGAGAUGACCGUGGCUCUCUCGCUCUGCGGCGAUAUUCUCCCCAAUACCGCCUCGGAGUUGGCUGAGCGCGUCUUUGAGGAACACCGCCUAUCCUCGGAGGAGUUUUGGAAGGACCCCAGCGGGGCCAUGGCCGAUUCGCGACUCGUCGUGCGCAUUCGCGACAAGGUGUAUUCGGGCAAGGAGGGCGUUGCGUUGAUUGUUUCACACCUCGCCUUCGGGCGGUCGGUCACCGUCGAGGCGGCCAAGGCGCUUAACCCGAUCCCCAAGGGUAAGGUCCAGGCCCCGACCAAGGGCGGCCGCGCGCCUGCCACGCCCACCCGAUCGUCUUCCUCGUGGCGCUGGUGGUGGUCCUCGAGCACCGUGCCCACGAGCACUCACCACGAGGCCAAGCAGUCGCGAACCGAAGGCCGGACCCUGCGUCCCACUUCGGAGCAGUUGGCGGCACUGGGGUUGAAGGAGGGCGCAAACAAGGCCACGUUCAUCGUGCGAUCGGAGGCGGCCACGCAGGAGGUGACGGCGAUGAUCUAUCUGUGGUCGCGCUUCACCAAGAUCGUCAUCUCGGAUAUUGACGGCACCAUCACCAAGUCCGACUUGCUCGGCCACAUCCUCCCCAUCGUCGGUCGCGAUUGGUCCCACUCGGGCAUUGCGCACCUGUAUUCGAAUAUUUAUGAGAACGGCUAUCGCAUCCUGUACGUCUCGUCGCGGUCCAUCGGCCAGGCCAACCUUACUCGUGGCUACAUCUCCGCCCUACGCCAGGAGGAUGUCUCCCUUCCCGAGGGUCCGGUGUUCACGUCGCCCAACGGCCUCAUCCGAUCGGUCCACCGGGAGGUGAUCAGGAGGAACCCGGAGGAGUUCAAGAUCGCGUGUCUGAAGGACAUCGCCGCGCUCUUCCCUCACGGCAAUCCCUUCUACGCCGGCUUUGGCAAUCGACCCUCCGACGCUUUCUCCUAUCUAACCGUGGGCGUGCCCAAGGGCAAGAUCUUCACCAUCAACCAACGGGGCGAGAUCACGAUGUCCAAUCGAACCUACAAGAGGUCGUACAUGAAGCUCAACGAAGUGGUCCACGAAAUGUUCCCCGCCAUCAACCAGCCUCCGCCGCAGGAGGAGUUCAACCAGUUCCAGUACUGGCGCGUGCCAGAGCUCGACGUCUCCGAGCUGGAGCCUCUGUAA